CCUCUCCACCAAUCAGGGUCCAGGAGGUUGCAGUAGCCACGCAGGGUAAACAAGAGCAAGGUGGAUCCCUGCGUGGAGGCCGUGCUGCUGCUGUCCUUGUCAAAUCACCUUGCCGAGGCCUGACGACCGACUACACGCCUUGACACCCUCAUAUAAAGGUUCCAUAAGGAUUGUAGGAGAGUGUAAAGAGUGUGUCAAGUAAGCAGUGUGGUGCCCAACAACCAAGGAGUUCUCUAAAUCCCUUGCUAAUAGCUGAGUGGAUUGACAGCCUUGGGUGACGCCCGCCCUGUCUACAACACAAUGGCAAGCUACAUCAAGGGUGUCUAUAGCUACAUAAGGCCAGAAAGUAAAACUGAAACUGCAACAGCCACAACAACAUCAGAGCCAGCCAGCCCCAUCACAAGCACUGCCAGCCAGGCUGAAGAGAAGCCACAGCAAUCAGGGUACUUGGGAUGGGCUGUAGGAGGUGUUGCUUCAGGGAUCUAUGCUGUAGGGUCCAGCACUGUGGGAGCUGGAGUAUCGGGCGUUAAGUGGGUGGCAGGCACUACCUACAAUGUAGGCUCAGGGGUGGUAGGUACAGCAGGGGCAGUGGUGGCAGGCACAGCCAGCACUGUUGGGUCAGGUGCCACAGCUAUUGUCUCCAAGAUCACAACGAAGAAGAAGGAACACACAGACUGAAGGAUAGUGAAGGUGCAGGUUGCUUUCUUGAUGUCUUUUGUGCUUUGGUUUAGAGCUUAGAUCAUGUUACAUGAAUAUUCAAAGUGUAGAAAGGUGUAAGUAUGGUAGUGGUUUAGCUAAUGGGGGCCCUAGGGGAGUGAAACCAAAGCCCAUGAAAGUUGGGCACUUCAUAUGAAAUUCUGAAGGAAAGUUGGCAAAUUAGAUACACAAUUCUGUUUAGGCAUAAGCAUAAGCAGACCCAUGGAUGUAAACUGUUAUGGCUGUGUUAUCCAUGUUUCUCAGAAGAAAUUUUUUUUUAUCUUUGAUGACAUGGAUGAUCUGAGGGGCCAUGCAUACAUUCAAGGUAAUGACUUGUUACCCUGGAGUGCUGAGAGUGCAAUAAGUACACCAUAAGCAAUAUAUUUUAUUCCAGUCCAUAGAUAUAUUUCUUGACAUGACAAAAAUAUUAUGAUUCUUGCACAUAUCAUAUUAUUUAGGAACUUUAUAUAUUAUAAGUGUUUGUAAUGUUACGGAACUGUAAUGAUAAUUAAGAUGUCGAGUGUGAUACCCAAGCUAUGUGUUUCUAGUACUCGUAUACAUUACCUUGUUGCUCAUACUGUGGCAUUCUGUGCACCAAUUUUUGUAUAACCCACAUUUCUUUAGUUGCCAUAAAAUUAGUUGUGUUGAAAUCCGGUUUAAUUUUAUGAUUUACUAGUAUCAAAUUUUGUUCCUGUCACUGCUCUUUGUUUGUUUAUUUUUAAGUUGUGAGGUUGCUUUACAGACAGCUGUAUGAUAUUAUGGGUUAGGUAAUUUAUAAACCAAAUGAGUAGUAAUUUAUCGCAGAUGGACAGAAGCAAUCUUUGUCUUAAAGCACCUCACAGUAGCUAUGUAUAAAUAUUAGAUAUUCUAUUUUUUCACUUAGAUAGUUUUAUUAUUUUCAAUUAAGUUAAAACAUUCAUAAUGCCAUAGUAGUUUUAAUGAAGUUGUCUCAUGAAUAGUUAUGGUUGUUGCUUUGUUUUAAAUGUUGAGGUCUGAGGCUGUUCCUAAUGGAUAGAUGAUUUGUUGACAUGUUUAAGGUUUUCAGGUCUGGGUCACUUGUGAAAAGUUCCUUAUGUAUUCAACUAUUUAGCAUCCAUAGCAGUGGUGACAGCAAUUAGAGGGCUCUGACACCCUUGAAAAUGUGUUUAAGUGAAAGUAUUUUGAAGAUUAUAUUUCCCUAGUAAGUAAUGACAAAAAUGCCUUCCAUGUACAAUUUACAUAACUUUUAUAUAUAUAGAAAAAUAUUUUUCAGGUACAGUUUAUCAUGUCUAAAGUUUUUGAUGGUUAUAUCAGUUUAAAAAGUGUAUUGUGCUUGCAUGUCUCUAGAAAUAGAACUCAAAUAAAGCUGCAGAAUUUG